GGAUCGGAACCAGUACCAAAACUUCAGAAAUCGUUUUCCGUAUUACAACCGUAAUUAGUGUGCGUUAUUAACAAACAAAAGAGAAAGUAGAAUUUGUUAUGUGAACAUUCACUGGAUUUAAACAUGUGCCGACUGUCUAACAGAGAACCUUCGAACUUCCUAAUAUUAUUAAGAAAUUAUCGCCGAAGAUAAGCGACUUCUUUUAAAUGAUCCUGAUGUAAUGACUCAAAUUAAACAAAUGUCAUUGGAAUUACAAACUCUUAAACAAAAAACAUCACAACUAGAACAGGAACUUACUCAAAAGACUUCGGAAGUAAGCCAAAUGAAAGUGGAUCUCGGAUCAGCCAAACAUAAAAUAACACUGUUAGAAAACUCAAAUUCGGGAUUUGGUUCUGUUUAUACCAGAUGGGGAAGGAAGGAUUGUCCAUCAAACGGAACAGAGUUGGUUUAUACGGGAGUUACAGGUGGAGGCUUGUUUGAUAAUACUGGAUCUGCUGUAAACUACGUUUGCUUACCUCAUGACCCAGACUUCAUUCAGGGAGAUUCACCUGGUGGGAGUGCGACAUUAUAUGGCAGCGAAUAUCAAGACAAUUAUUUCGGUCAUAAUUUAUAUGACAAUGAUGUACCUUGUGCAGUUUGCAGAGCAAUUACCAAGUCAUCUGUGGUAAUGAUUCCUGGCAAAAUCAAAUGUUAUGGAGACUGGAACCGAGAAUUUUAUGGACGAUUGGCAGCAGGACACGAUGGCCAUAAAGCUGCAUCUGAAUAUGUAUGCGUUGAUCACCAAGCACAAUAUAUAGAAGGCGGUGGUGUUAGUCAUGAUGGAAAACUUUUCUAUAAGGUCGGGGCUAAAUGUGGGUCAUUGCCGUGUCCACCUUAUUAUGAUAUGGCACCGAUGGCUUGUGUUGUUUGUUCAAAGUGAUAGCAAUAUGUUUAGCAUAUACAUCUAUGAGUCUGUUUAAUAAAGAUGUUUUGGAUAUA